UUGUGUGUUAGGGGGGUUGACAGACACAGUGGCUUUGUGUCCUGCUGAACACCGCUGGACAGGACACUGCUGUGCUGGGAGAGGAGAGGCACUGUCAGUUAGUCUGUCAGUCGCUUUGUCAGUCAGUCAGUCAGACCGUCUGUCUGUCUGUAGGGAAACCAGACCUCCCUGCUACCACACACACUCCGGCAUACAUCUGCUUUCCAGGACUUCUUUGAUAUCUUCUCAGGGCCCAGGACGCCCCACCACGGCGUGCACCCCCCCCCCAGCGUGUGUGAGUGUGUGUGCCUUGGAAAGCUCCUUUACGUCCUUGGAGGUCAGGAGUUUGAGACGGGGAUAUGGGACUGAAAGCAGGUAUCUUUGGAGACGUGCCAGCAUCGGGAUGAGAGGAACGCAGAGGAGAACAGGGGACUAGACUGAACUGGUUGGAACUAUUGGGAUUUUUUUCUUCAGGGAUGAUCUUGGCCCAUCUGACGAGCUACUCAGCCCUCUUGGCUUCUGCUUUCACUGCUUGUUUUAUCCCCAUGGAUUGGUGCUGACAGUAGGACUUGGCCAGAGAGGAUGCAUGUGUUACUCUGACACCUGUGUCGUUUACUGGAAAAUAGCGUGUUUGUGCGAUAGUGUCAAGACUUUGCCCCCUCGUGUGUGUGUGUGGCCCAUGUUGGCAUCAGGUCGGCCCGUGUUGGGUAAUCUCUGCGCCCCAAUGCCCGCGGCUAUGCCCCCCUACCCUGCUCCACCAGCUGAGUCAAAGUGGUGCUUCCAGAAUCCCGUAGGGGUGGACUGUAGUGCCGCCGAGCCUCGCUGCAUCUGGUUGGCAGUGCUGCGUGGUGCCCCCUUGCCCUCACCUUUGCCCCCCACCAUGAGGCCAGUCCCGGUCGGCAAUGGGCACGGCUGCACCAGCAGGGCCCUGCAACGUUCUCACCAGCCCAGGGCAAAGGGGUGGAGAGAUGGGCUCUCCUCGGCCGGCGACAACCCUCGGCCUGCGAUGGGUGCUGGAGGAGAGGGGGUCGGCGUUGGCUGGCAAGGCCCCCGGACGCUACUACUCCAGAAGAACACACAGGGCUUCGGCUUCACCCUGCGCCACUUCAUCGUCUACCCGCCAGAGUCUGCCCUGCACACCAGCCUCAAGGACGAGGAGAACGGGAAUGGGAAGGGGAGAAGUAGAUUGGAGCCAAUGGACACCAUAUUUGUCAAGAAUGUGAGAGAGCGAGGUCCCGCUCACCAGGSUGGCUUGUGUACAGGGGAUCGGCUGGUGAAGGUGAAUGGAGAGAGUGUCCUGGGGAAAACGUACUCCCAGGUGAUCGCCCUCAUACAGAACAGUGAGAGUGUGUUGGAGCUCUCUAUAAUGCCAAAAGACGAAGACGUUCUGCAGCUGGCAUACUCCCAGGAUGCCUACCUGAGGGGCAACGAGCCUUACACAGGGGGAGCCCGGAACCUUCCGGUACCCCCGCCCCUCUGCUACGCUCCCCGCACCAAGUCCCAGCCUCCCGCCGGGGCCCCGGCCCCCAUGGGCCAGAACCAGCUGGACAACUGGAGCCGCUGGCCAGGCUCCGCCAGCCCCUUGUCCCCCCUGGACAACCGCUCCACCGUGGGCAGCCCGGCCAGCUGGCAGGAGGGACUGGGCGGAGAGCCGGGGGGCGUGGGCCACAGUAGCCCCCCCUACAGGACAGAGGAAAUCCAGUACGGUGUGACCGGGCAGCAGCCUACGGGACAGACMAGGGGCCGCUCCUACUCCUCAUCUUCUUCUUCAGGAGGGCCCCUCAGCAGCCCUCUGCAUGUCCACUAUGUCAACCACAAUGCUGCUGGCACUGCCACCACCGCCUCCUCUCAGCCCCAGAAGGGCAGCCAGGCCUGGGCCAGCCCUCCCCAGCCGAGCCCCAGCCGCAGCCAGCACUGCCAACAGGCCCUGUCUGAGUGGUACUACAGCCAAGCUGCUGAGCAGCGCCAGGGCCGCAGUGGCAGCAUGCACCAACGCCACCGCAGCUACUCUCAGGACAGGCUGUGUGAGACAGGCCCUGGGUGCCACCGCCGGAGUCCGGGCGGCUGGCCCCACAGCGCCUCCCAGGACACCCUGAUGCUACUGCAGCAGUCGGGCCCCGGCCCCCACGGGGACCCUUCUUGGACCUACGGAGACUGGGAGGGGGCCCGGGACCAGAGCCACCCCUCCUCMUACGGCAGCAGAGCCCGGUCGGAGAACCUGCUGGUACAGUACGACCGCUAUGGCCGYUCGAUGGAGAUGCUGGAGUCGCCCCAUUCCGAGAGGCCUGCCUGGCUGAAGCAGGCCUCACAGCAAGCACCCAGGACUGAGGCCUAUCAGAGGCAGGGGAACCAUUACGGUGUCGCACCGGCCCCCUCUAUGGGCCGACAACCACAGCCGCACCACAAAAACCACCCCCAACCCCACUCACAGUCUCACCCACAGCCCCAGCCCCAACAACCAGCCCCCCAGAGCAGACGUCUGCCCACCGGACAGAGCCUGGACGACCAGCCAGUAGGUUACCGCAGCUACAGCCCCUCCUUCAACCGCAAAACAGGCCGCAUCAUGCAGCAACCCUCCUUCAGGGACCCCUCCUACCUUGGCCCCCACCUCAGCUGGGCCCCCACCCCCAAAACCAGCCCCCCUGAAGGUGUUGUCCCCUCAGUUCCAUCCCCUCUGGCCUCCACCACCCCCGAGACCCUUGAUAGGGCCUACCGCCCCACCAACCAUGAGAGAGUGGCAGUGGAAGGCCAGGUGGAGGUGGUAGCUCAGACCCAGGAAGUCAAACUGAGACAGAAACCCCCCACGGGACGAAGGAGCGCCCACGCCAUGCGCCACCCCCACUACACCCUGCCUGUAGAUGGCACAGAACCCCCUGUGUUCCCCCCUGACCCCCACRACGCUGCCCCCGCCCCUCGCCCCUCAGGAGAGGGUGCCCCGCACCGUACCAAUGGCAACCUGGCCCCCCUGUCUGUAGAGGAUGACGCAAUGGCCUCCAUUCCCUUUAUAGAUGAGCCGACGAGCCCCAGCGCUGACCUCCGUGCCCGCCACGUACCCGCCUCCUCCGUGGUGUCCAGCGGCAURAGCUCAGCKCCCGCCAUCGUCACCAGCCCCGCCUCCCCCACCUUCACCUUCCCCCUAACCAGGCUCUUCUCACACGACUGCAGCAGUAUUAAAUCCAGUCGCCGUUCCUCCUAUCUUCUAGCCAUCACCACGGAGCGCUCCAAGUCAUGUGACGAGGGACUCAACACCUUCAGAGGAGAGGAGGGCCGCGGCGUCUCGAGGCUGCCAAAGAGAGUGAAGAGUUUCUUCACUUGUUGGGGUGAGGUUUUCCCCUGUUUCACAACAACAGUAGGCUGUAACAUACACGUGACCACACUGCAGAUUGCAGAGGACCUUGCAAUUCUGGCAGCUUGGGGAGUGUGUCUGAAACCAUCAGUUUUUUUCAGUGUGUUUAUCCUAAAAACCUUUUGUGGAGUGUCUCUGGACAGUCUGGGGGCAGCGGAGGAGGUGCGCUCCAAACGCCACUCCACCUCAGAGCUGGGCAGUAUCAGUAGUGACAUAUGGAGAGAGGGAUGGCUGCACUACAAACAGAUCCUCACGGAGAAGGGCAAGAAGGUGGGCAGCGGCAUGCGUCCGUGGAGGCGGGUCUUCUCGGUGUUGCGCUCCCACUCGCUCUUCCUCUACAAGGACAAGCGGGAGGCGGUCCUGCGGGGCGCCACUCUGGGAGGCGAUGCCGACGAGGAGCAGCCAAUCAGCAUCCGGGGCUGCCUGGUGGACAUAGCGUACAGCGAGACCAAGCGUAAGCACGCGCUGCGCCUGACCACUCAGGACUUUUGUGAGUAUCUGCUGCAGGCCGAAGACAGAGAGGACAUGCUGGACUGGAUCAAGGUCAUCAGUGAGAACAGCAAGACCGACAAUGAGGAGCUGGGAUUCUCAAGACAGGCUCUGAUCAGUAAGAAGCUCAAUGACUACAGGAAACAGAGUCCAACAGGCAACAAGCCGGACUCCUCUCCCAGGGUGUCCCGUGCCAAGCCUUCCUUCCUGCUGGCCAAGAUGGAGAACGCUGCCGGGGCGCCGCGCUCACCCAAACCUGAGGGCAAAGAUGAGAGCAGCGCCCCUAAGUCGCCAUGGGGGAUMAACAUCAUGAAGAAGUCCAAGAAGUCAGGGCCCAAGGCUUUUGGAGUGCGGCUAGAGGACUGCCAGCCAGCUGCCAACAACAAGUUCAUCCCUAUGAUCGUGGAGAUCUGCUGUGGGCUGGUGGAGGAGAUGGGUCUGGAGUACACCGGCAUCUACAGGGUCCCAGGGAACAACGCAGUAGUGUCCAGCCUUCAGGACCAGCUCAACAAGGGGUCGGACAUCAACCCUGCAGAGGAGAAAUGGCAGGACCUGAACGUGAUCAGCAGCUUGCUCAAGUCUUUCUUCAGGAAACUUCCGGAGCCCCUCUUCACUGAUGAUAAGUACAAUGACUUCAUUGACGCUAACCGGAUGGAGAAUGCCGGGGACCGGCUAAAGACCAUGAAAAAACUGAUCCGUGACUUACCGGACCAUUACUACCACACUCUCAAGUUCCUGGUUGGCCAUCUGAAGACGGUAGCUGACCACUGUGAGAAAAACAAGAUGGAACCUCGUAACUUGGCCCUGGUGUUCGGGCCCACGCUGGUGCGGACGUCUGAAGACAACAUGACAGACAUGGUGACUCACAUGCCUGACCGCUACAAGAUAGUAGAGACGCUCAUCCAACAUUAUCUCUGGUUUUUCAGUGAGGACCUGGACAAGGAUGAGAAGACUCCAGUAGACACGAAGGACCUGGUGCCUGCCCCCAAUAUYGACCACUUGCUCUCCAACAUCGGCAGGACCGCUCUGCUGGGGGAGGCGUCAGACUCAACCAACAGUGACUCAGCUAAAUCUAAGGGGUCGUGGGGGUCAAAGCGAGACCUCACUGCCAAGGACUUUCUGACCCUGUCCAUCAUGUCCGCCGUCACCGGACGCAAGCGCAGGAAUCGCCACAACGGCCGCAUCGUGGGCAGCAGCACAGACGACGACUCGGAGCACGAGCCAAUCAAAGCCAGCCACCUGGGGGCGGAGGAGGGAGAAGAGGCGGGGCUGGUGGUGGCAGGAGCAGACACCGCCCCACGAGCAGAGGGAGAGGAGGAGGAAGAUGAUGAGGAGGAGGAGGAAGAAGAAGAAGAGUCUGUAGUAGAGAGAGUGAGAGUGCAGGUGGAGGUAAAAGAGGUGGUAGUUCCCAGCAUGCCGUGCGGUGGUGAGAAAGAGAAAGCAGGGCAGACGGUGAUGCUGCUCCCUGAGGAAGAGGCGGUGACGGCGGAGGUGAAGGGCAGGGCGUGGCGGGGGCCAGAGGACGCUCGCUCUAUCGUCUCCGGUUACUCCACCCUCUCCACACUGGGGCGGAGCCUGGCGUCUGAGGGACGGUGCGAUGAAGCUGACGACGAGCAAAGCGAGCUGGUGAGCGAGACGGACAACGAGAGCGGAUUCGCCUCGCGCUCCCUUACCCAGGAGAGACCUGAGAAACACCCCCCUGCAUCCAUUACACACACCCUCACACCCCCUACCCCCACACAGCCCCCCACACAACCCCCCACGGCAGCACAACGAAGCUUCCUCUACACACACUACAAACCCCACCCUGUCUCCCCCACGACCCAGCAAACCACCCCCACCCNUCAGGGGUCGUGGGGGUCAAAGCGAGACCUCACUGCCAAGGACUUUCUGACCCUGUCCAUCAUGUCCGCCGUCACCGGACGCAAGCGCAGGAAUCGCCACAACGGCCGCAUCGUGGGCAGCAGCACAGACGACGACUCGGAGCACGAGCCAAUCAAAGCCAGCCACCUGGGGGCGGAGGAGGGAGAAGAGGCGGGGCUGGUGGUGGCAGGAGCAGACACCGCCCCACGAGCAGAGGGAGAGGAGGAGGAAGAUGAUGAGGAGGAGGAGGAAGAAGAAGAAGAGUCUGUAGUAGAGAGAGUGAGAGUGCAGGUGGAGGUAAAAGAGGUGGUAGUUCCCAGCAUGCCGUGCGGUGGUGAGAAAGAGAAAGCAGGGCAGACGGUGAUGCUGCUCCCUGAGGAAGAGGCGGUGACGGCGGAGGUGAAGGGCAGGGCGUGGCGGGGGCCAGAGGACGCUCGCUCUAUCGUCUCCGGUUACUCCACCCUCUCCACACUGGGGCGGAGCCUGGCGUCUGAGGGACGGUGCGAUGAAGCUGACGACGAGCAAAGCGAGCUGGUGAGCGAGACGGACAACGAGAGCGGAUUCGCCUCGCGCUCCCUUACCCAGGAGAGACCUGAGAAACACCCCCCUGCAUCCAUUACACACACCCUCACACCCCCUACCCCCACACAGCCCCCCACACAACCCCCCACGGCAGCACAACGAAGCUUCCUCUACACACACUACAAACCCCACCCUGUCUCCCCCACGACCCAGCAAACCACCCCCACCCCCUCCACACAUACUCAGGACCCUGGGGAGAGGAGCGAGGGUGGGGCGCGAUCCACCACCCCCUCCUCCUCCUCCUUCUCGUCGUCCUCCACCACCCACAGACUGCACUCCCGGCCCUCCUUCAACUCCCACAAGCUGAUCCAGUGUGACACGCUGGCCAGGAAGAAGCUAAAGGACAGAGGGAAGACCAAGGCUCGUUCUCUGGACCUGCUGGACCUCCCUGUGCCUUCAGGAGAGGAGGAGGGAGCUGGGGCACCAGGGGCCCAGAGGGACCGAUCCAGGACCAACCCUUCCACAGGGAGCAGCCAGGAGAGCCUACGUCCAGCCCGACCCAAAGAAUCCCUGCCGCCCAGCGAGGCUGCCUCUUUCACCCCCAGCGGGACAGGGCAGGGUCAGGGGCGAGGGUCUCUGGCUGACCAGGUGCGUGCGCGCCUGCUGGGCUCGGCUGAUGACCUGCGUAUCGUGGGGCUGAGGAAGCCACUCUCCCCGGAGACGAGGAGGAAGAGACGGGCYUGGAGAAGACACACUGUGGUGGUCUCACCUACCGAGACGGGCGACAAGAGGCCUGCGCUAGCCACCAACGUGUUCCCCAUGUCGCCGGCCACUUCCAAACCACAGGGGUCACCCCUCGACCCCCAGGAGCUUGACCCAAGACAUCCUCUUCCCCUGGGCCAGAAUCCCCCCGCCACACGCGCACCAGCCUCCAGAUUCCAUCAGUACCUGUAACUAUAGACAGAGACUGAUAGGCCUGUAAAUUACAAGGCCUCUGGCCUCCCUCUCAAAGUCUCCCUCCCCUGAGCUGCUGAGCCAGGGCUACUGUCUCAGAGGGUCGGAUAGUGCUGACCCCAGGUCAGUUGCAUGAUGGCAGUGAGUAGUGGACAGCAGAGCCACAGACAUACACAAGGGGUCUUAUGACAGGUCUGAGAUCAGUUUUCGGCCUCCAGUCUACUCACGCUCCCUUUUCAUUUGUUUCAGCUCCGUUUGCAUGGCAAAGGGAAUUCCAGUAUUUGCCAAAGCUUUUUUCGUUUGUGUGUUUUAAAUAAAAAAUAAAAUACUGCUAAACUGCAAUGGGACAGCAGAGACACAGACAGACAGACAGACACAGACA